GGAUACAGCAGCACCAUUGCGGAAGAGCACACAGAGCGGAGCUCUGAGCGCUAUAGUUUACGUUAAAGAGUCGUCGGGUCGGAUGGUUAGUCCUGCAGUUUGUCUGAUUAUGAUGCCAUUUUAAAGUUAAGAUUUUGUACUUUUAGGCUGUUUUAUGUUUAUGGAUAGAAGGAAGUCGGAGGGAUUUUUAAACGGAGCUUCAGGUAACUUUGGGAAAAUGCCUUUGCAUGGAAAAAUAGUGGUUAUUAAGAGGAGCGGAGCUGAUGGGACAGAGUUUCCUCUGACUGCAUCUUGCUUGUUUGGAAGGAAGCCUGAAUGUGACAUUCGUAUCCAGGUUCCUGAGGUUUCGAAGGAACACUGCAGAAUCGACUUAAAUGAAAAUAAAGAGAUUAUUUUGACCAAUCUGAGCUCAGUCAAUCCGACACGCAUCAACGGAGAGACUCUGCAUCAGUCAGAACGCUUGAAGCAUGGCGAUAUGAUAACAAUUGUUGACCGUUCUUUCAGGUUCGAGUACGCGCACACAGCAACGCCAAGGAAGAGGGCUACUCCUGGACCCAAGUCUGAAACUCUUAAGGUUCUUCGAGAUCAGCAGAGAUCCGACAGUGUCGCAGCUGAUGGGGGACAAAAAAGGAUUUCUACAGGCCCUCAUCUUAAAGAUGGAGCCAACUAUGACAACAUACAGCGAUCUUUGGAGAAAACAUUGGAAAUGGAGUCCCAGAAAGAUGGAACAAACUCACCAUUCGGUGAGCUGUGUCAAAUGGCCAAAAAAUCUCUGGAUCUCAAGACCCCUCAGAAGUCUUCUGUCAGUGCUGCCCAGACACCGUCUUCUAAGUUUUAUACCCCAAGACCGGGGCCAGUUGGUACUCCCCAGAAAGAAGUUAAACUCCCAGCAGAUCCAACAGCUAAAGUUGCUAAAAUGCCUGAAUCUGUCAAGAAGUUGGGGAAGAUCUUCCAGUCUCCUUCCUUUGAGGGGUCUGGACACAUAGUGCAAGAAGAUUCAAAGUCUGGAUCUGCUUCAAAGCUGAGACGCAUUGUAACUCCUCAGAGGUUCACAGCCGCAGAGGCUAUUGAACAAAUUACAGCUACGACAUCAAAGUCUCCUGUGUCCACAAAGGCAGAAGGGCAAGCUGUUAUUACAUCUAAAAAGGAAAAAACCCCGAAGAAGUCUCCUAAAAACUUAGGAUCUGCUGAAAAAGUGAAAGUGGCCAAAAAACGCAAGAGCGACGAGCUUGGAAAAGACCUCCCUAUGUCAAAUAUGAAAAGGAAACGCGUUUCCUUUGGGGGUCAUCUUAGCCCCGAGUUAUUUGACAAACGCCUUCCUCCUGACUCCCCGCUGCGCAAAGGAGCGGCUCCAAGGAGAAGCUUGUCUCUUUAUAAACCAAAACAGUCCCUCCUUAGAAGAGCCUCGGCUAUUGGGUUGCUAAAGGGGCAAAGGAAUCCUUCCCCUAAGUCUGGUUUAAAAAAGAAUGCUUCACCUGGAAAGGCGCUGCCAAAAUCAAAGUCUCCUUCACCUGCUAAGAAGUCUCCAAAGUCAAAGUCUACAUCACCCAAAGCAACUUCUCCUGGAAAAAUGUCUCCCAAGACCCCGAAGUCCAGGUCCGCUUCACCCAAGGCUGAGACUCCAGCUCAGAAGACCCCGAAGUCCAGGUCCGCUUCACCCAAGGCUGAGACUCCAGCUCCGAAGACCCCGAAGUCCAGGUCCGCUUCACCCAAGGCUGAGACUCCAGCUCAGAAGACCCCAAAAUCCAGGUCCGCUUCACCCAAGGCUGAGACUCCAGCUCCGAAGACCCCGAAGUCCAGGUCCGCUUCACCCAAGGCUGAGACUCCAGCUAAAACACCAUUUAAUUCAGAAAUCCAAAGCCGGUCUGUCCAAGGUCGCUUCUCUAUUUCACGUAUCAAGACUCCCUCUCCUGCUGCAGAAUUAAUUCAACAACCUGCUUCAGUUACUGUUACCCCAAAAAUACCGCUGAGGAGGAAAAGCAUGAAGAGCACAACAAGAAAGACUCCAAGUGUUAGCAAGAGUGCAGUAAAGGUCCUCCAGCGAAGAAGCGGCAUUUCCCGUGCAUCGAUAAAAGUGGUUCCAAGUUCCUGGGCAAAUGUUGUUAAAUUUGGACAAACCAAGACUUCAGUUGUUGCUCCAACUGAGAAGAAGAUCAAACAAAAACCAAUGAAGAAAGUGAUGUCCAAACUGCAGACACCUGCCAGAAAACUGAAAGGACACGCGAGCACUGGCCAUGCAGAAUCCCCUGCCACCAUCGUCGUAGGUAGAGCUCACCAAAGAGCCUUUGCUCCUCCAACUGGAGCUGCACCAAAAGUGGUCAUGAAUGCUGCGUUGUCCAAGCGGGACAUGAAAAUGGACGAAGACCUGACAGGGCUUCCUGAGAUGUUCAAAACGCCAAUAAAUGAGAGGAGAAGAAGGUCUUUGGUCAGUAACAGGAGUGCCAAGAAGACCCCAGCAAGAUCUUCUAUGAUGGAACCGUCUGUGUUAAAAACCCCGGAGGAACCAGAUGAGAUGAUGGUGUCUCCGCUGAGCGUAGCGUCUACAGUCAAGAGUUUAAGAUACAACAGCGAGGCAGUCGAGCGCCUUCUCGCUGCAGAUCAAGAAUCCAGUUUUGUUAGCAACACCCCUGCCUUGGAAUUUAGCUCAGAGUCUGAACCGCCAUCUGUUAAAACUCCACAACAAAACCCAGAAUUACCAGAGCGCCUCUCUGGAAUCAAGAAGACCAGGAAGACGCCCAAAUCGAAGGCCGAGCCCAUUGAGGAUCUGAGAGGAAAACUCCUAAAAACUCCCAAACAGAAGCCUGAGCAACAGGAGUGUCUUACUGGAGUCAAGAGGGUCAUGAAGACCCCCAAACAGAAAGCUGAACCUUUAGAGGACAUCAGAGGAAAACUUCUGGUAACUCCUAAACAGAAAGCAGAGCAGCAGGAGUGUCUAACUGGGGUCAAACGAAUCUUCAAGACGCCAAAACAAAAAGCAGAACCUAUAGAAGACUUGAGAGGAAAACUCCUGAAGACACCAAGAGCAAGAAGGUCCGGUGAGAUCAGCUUAGAAGGUGUUAAGGAGCUUCUCCAGACGCCGACCCAGCAGCCCCAGAUGGCGGGUCUUAUCGCCGUGGAGAGCAUGAUGAAGCUGCCUGAAGAGAAGAGUGCUCCACUUGAAGAUGUGGUUGAAGUGAAGAGAGUCAAGAGGACUCCCAAACAGAAAGGUAAACCUGUAGAAGACCACUUUGGCCUCAAAAGGCUGAUGAAAUCACCAAGAGCAAGAGGAAAUCCUCCAGUGGAAGACUUUGAGGGGCUUCAGGAGCUCAUGGAAGAGCCGGCGGUGGACCUGACAGAGCAGCAGACAACUGAGUCAUCAGGUGCUGUGGAAACACGCCCUGAGGGUGAUGCAGGAAGUAUCCCACAGCAGCCUGGGGUGGAGCCUUCUGCUGUCAGCGUCAGCGAGAGUUUUACGACUUCCACCUGCGCCUCAGAGAAGAAAUCUGCUCGCUCUAGAAGGACAAAACCAGUGGAGGAAAUCAAAGAGGUGCCCGAACCUUCUCAAGAUGCCAUCACUGUGUCUGUUCAAGCUAGAGGAAGAAGAGGAAAGAAAGCUGAGGCUGCAGCGCCACCUGCUGUUAGACACACCACAAGAGGCAGGAAUGCUGAAGGCAGCCAAACCAGCGUGGAGGAGAGCGGCCCAGAGCCUGCCAAGGUUGCUGCUAAGCCAAGAAGAGGGAGAAAUGUCCGAAAAACUCAAGAGGAGUCCGCCGAACUGGAACAGAACACGUUUGAGGAGGAACCCACGAUCGAUCCAAACCCAGCAACUGAUGUCGACAGCAAAGCGCCUGUGGAGGAGCCUGUGCUGAAGCCAAAACGUGGGAGAAGAGUUAAACAACCUGAAGAAGAAGCAGCACCGCUGCAGCAGAACCUUCCUGAAAAAGCAGAUGAGAGUGAAAACAUUGCCGUGGAAACGGUCAUCCAGUUGCCUGAAACUCUGAAGCUACCGGAUCAGGAGAAGGAAGAUCCCGAAGCUGGUGUGAAGAAACCUGUCAGAGGCAGAAGAGCUAAACCGAUGGAUGCUGAGAAAGCGUCAGAACCCACAGAGCAUUCAGAAGAACCCGUGGUCGCUCCACUCAGAGGAAGAAGAGGAAGGAAAGUGGAAGUAACUUCUGCACCGGAUCAGGAGAAGGAAGAUCCCGAAGCUGGUGUGAAGAAACCCGUCAGAGGCACGAGAGCUAAACCGACUGAUGCUGAGAAAGCUCCAGAACCAGAGGAGCAUUCAGAUAAGCCUGUUGUCGCUCCAGUCAGAGGAAGAAGAGGAAGGAAAGUGGAAGCAACAGCGCCCCCUGAUGUUAAACAAUCCACAAGAACCAGAAAUGCAAAGCCUCAAGAUGCUGAUCAGCCAGCUGAGAAUUCCACUGAAGCCGUUGCUGACCUGACCUCGGAGAACUCAAGUGAGACUUCAAAAGAGGAAGUAACUCCUGCACAGGAAACGACCACCAAGCCGCUCAGAGGGAGAAAAACUAAAGUGACGCCCAGCGAGUCGGUGAGAGACGCAUGUCCUGCAGCGGAUUCUGAAACUUCGCAAACCGUUUCUUCUGUUGGUAAAACGAGGAUUGGAAGAAAAAACAAAGCUGACGAUCCAACUGAGGUGGAAGACGAUCCCGCGCUCCCUGUGGAGAACAAGCCCCAGACUCUGCCUCUGAGGGCUAAAAGGGGAAGAAAUGCUGUGCAGGAAGAGGAGGCAGAAAGUCCUAAUGAGAAGGUGACUCCAGAGGAGACCUCUGACUUCCAGGAGCCGCCGAAAAAAUCACAGAGAACAAGAAAUCCAGAGCAAGAACAAACUCCUAAAGCCGAGCCAGCGGGUAAACGGAGAGGAGGGCGAAAAGGAAAACCAGAUCCUGUUGCUGAAACCCCUGUGAAGUCCACAGAGCCCCACAGUGAAGCUAACGAAAAGCCAAAGCGGGGCAGAAAAGCAGCAGAAACAACUCAGGAAAUCAUCCCUGCUGAAAAUCCCCUCCCAGAAGCUUCUGCUCCAUCUCCACAGUGCGGCAGGCCUAGCAGGGCAAGAGGACGUAAAAACGAGUUUUCAGAAACCGUUCCUGCUGAGAGGGGCCGUCGGGGAGCCGCCCUGCCUCCAGAGGAACCUGCUGAAGAAUCCUCAUCACAGUCAUCAGAACCUGCGCCAGAACCAGUCUUACCAGUAAAAAGAGGGAGACGAGCUGCGGCAAAGCCCAAAGACGACAAAAAGGCAGCGGAGACCAAUGGUGAGCCGUCCGAAAGCGUAAAGGCUAAAGACAUCGACCCAAAGACGACCAAAAAAUCAGUCCGGUUCAAUUCAGAGAUGGAAGUUUGUGAAAUUCAAAAAGUCACACCAGUGAAGUCGGUUCGGGGCAGGAGGUCAAAAUCAACAGACCAGGCUGAUGCUAGCAGCAACGAUGGAGCAAAGGAGGCCAACAACACUGAAGAGGAGAAUCUCUCAGAUGACCUCAAGGCACAGCCGGCCAAGAGAGCGCGGCGAGGAGCGAAGGGUGCUGAGGUGACGGCAGAGGAGACCGAUGCUGGAGCGCCGCCAAAAACCAGGCGGGGGAGAUCAGCAAAGAAAUAGAUCCUUAUGUACAUAUUAAAUUCUAAUUGGGUUCCAAUAAUCUUUUAUUGUUCUGUAUUUUAGAUCCAGUGGCAUACUUAAACAAAGCACUGUUGUUGUUUUUUUUACCUCAAUGUUUAAAGAAUUUUUUAUUUUUACUUUUCUGUAUCGUACACUUAUGCUUAUACAAACAUGUUGGCAGGGGAAAAAAUUUUUAUAAAAUUCUUUGGCUUGUGUAAUUGUUGUUUU